AGUCUGCCAGCUGAGAUCAUAGCAUCUGCGGCUGGGACAAGGAGAUUAUAAAGAAAAGUAAGAUUUUAAUUCAUAUAUAUAUAUGAAGUUCUUACUUAAGACGAUUUUAUGUGAAAGUUGCGCUCUGUAAAAUCUCUCUCUCAAACUUAAAAGUUUUUUUUAUUAUUUUUACUCAUAAAGGAUAUGAACAGUUGCUGCAUUACAGUGUUUUCUCUGAAGCCAAAGCUCAGAAAACUCUGCAUACCAAAAUAACAGUUGAGGAUCAAACGUCUCUAAUUGUCAGCAAAGUCAAGUAGAAAUGGUCGUUGGUUGGUAGGUGUAAAAGGAAGAAAAUAACUGAUGCGGGAAUCCUUGCAUUUUUUGUGUAUCUCCGGGCAGAGGUGAUGGAAAAUUCCAAUCAAAGACAGAAGAUUUAAAAUACAAGUGCACUUCUUAUUUGGAGAUGAUUGUCUUAUUUGUACUGUUCUGUAUUGUGGAUGGAGUGGUUUCCCAGAUACGCUAUUCUGUUCCAGAGGAGCAGGACCACGGCACGUUUGUGGGAAAUAUUGCUGAGGAUUUGGGCUUGGACAUAACAAAACUUUCAUCUCGUAGAUUUCAGACUGUGCCCAGUUCUAGGACUCCAUACCUCGAAGUGAAUCUGGAAAACGGAGUGCUUUUUGUGAAUGAAAAAAUCGAUAGGGAACAGAUCUGCAAACAGAGUGCUACCUGCCUUCUACACCUGGAGGUAUUUUUAGAAAACCCGUUGGAGCUUUUCCGCGUGGAAAUUGAAAUAGUGGAUAUCAAUGACAAUCCCCCAGGCUUCCCCGAAACUGACAUUACUGUUGAAAUUUCGGAAAGUGCCACUCCUGGAACUCGCUUUCCGCUGGAAAGCGCAUUCGACCCCGAUGUUGGCACCAAUGCGCUCCGCACUUACGAAAUCACAACUAACAGCUAUUUUUACCUUGAUGUACAAACACAAGGAGAUGGAAACAAGUUUGCUGAACUAGUACUGGAAAAGCCACUGGACAGGGAGCAGCAAGCAGUACACAGGUACGUACUAACAGCAGUAGAUGGUGGUCUGCCUCAGAGGACUGGUACGGCGCUACUUGUCGUUAAAGUACUAGAUUCCAAUGAUAAUGUUCCAGUCUUUGACCAGUCGGUGUAUACAGUCAGCCUACCUGAAAAUUCGCCAGUGGGCACUUUGGUCAUUCAUUUAAAUGCCACCGACAUGGACGAGGGACAAAAUGGAGAAAUUGUGUAUUCUUUUAGCAAUCAUAUUUCCCCGAGAGUAAAGGAUCUGUUUAAUAUUGACCCAAGAACUGGCAGGAUUGAAGUGAGUGGGGAGGUCGACUAUGAGGAGAGCAGUAUGUAUCAAAUCUACGUGCAGGCGAAAGAUCUUGGACCUAAUGCUGUUCCAGCUCACUGUAAAGUUCUGGUCAAAGUGAUAGACGUGAAUGAUAAUGCCCCGGAGAUCAGUUUCAGCACCGUGACCGAGUCAGUAAGCGAAAAGGCUGCCCCCGGCACUGUGAUCGCCUUGCUCAGCGUUACCGACAAGGACUCCGGGGAAAAUGGACAGAUCCACUGCGAAAUUCUCGGAGAUGUACCUUUCAAACUCAAAUCUUCUUUUAGGAACUAUUACACCAUUGUUACCGACGGACCACUGGACAGGGAAAAUAUUGAUUCAUACACAAUCACAGUUGUGGCAAAAGAUAAGGGUUCCCCGUCCCUUGCCACAAGCAAGUCCAUUAAAGUGCAGGUGUCGGAUGAAAAUGACAAUUCUCCAAGGUUUACGCAACCUAUUUAUGAUGUUUAUGUGACUGAAAAUAAUGUGCCAGGGGCUUACAUUUAUGCAGUAAGCGCCGUUGAUCCUGACGUCGGGCAAAAUGCUUAUAUUUCUUACUCCAUAUUGGAGUGCGACAUACAGGGUAUGUCUGUUUUUACUUAUGUGUCAAUCAACUCUGAAAACGGCUAUCUAUAUGCUUUGAGAUCUUUUGAUUAUGAACAAUUAAGAGACUUCAGCUUUAUGGUUCAAGCUAAAGACUCUGGUAGCCCCGAAUUAUCCUCCAAUGCUACUGUUAAUGUUAUCAUAGUGGAUCAAAAUGACAACGCACCUUCAGUCAUCGCUCCGCUAGGCAAAAACGGCACAGCCAAAGAACAUUUGCCCAGAUCUGCAGAACCUGGCUAUUUGGUGACCCGGAUAGUUGCUAUGGAUGCAGACGAUGGUGACAACGCGCGUCUGUCUUACAGUAUAUUAAGAGGCAAUGAAAUGGGAAUGUUUCGUAUGGACUGGAGGACUGGUGAGCUAAGGACUGCCAGAAGGGUCUCGAGUAAAAGAGAUCCGCAUCACCCUUAUGACUUGUUGAUUGAGGUGAGGGACCACGGACAACCACCUCUUUCAUCUACAGCUAGUGUUGUCGUGAUGAUAGUAGACAGCGUUGUUGAAGGCCACAGUGGGGAUCGUGGUUCCACAAAAACGAAAGAAAACUCCCUCGAUUUGACUCUAAUUCUUAUCAUCGCACUGGGCUCCGUGUCAUUCAUCUUCCUCUUGGCAAUGAUAGUACUGGCCAUCCGAUGUCAAAAGGACAAAAAAAUGAACAUAUACACAUGCUUGGCGAGUGAUUGCUGUCUGUGCUGCAGUUCUUGCUGUAGCAGGCAGGCAAGGGCCAGAAAGAAAAAGCUUAGCAAGUCAGAUAUCAUGCUGGUGCAGAGCGCUAAUGUCACCAACACUGCCCAAGUCCCAGUAGAGGAAUCCGGGAGCUUUGGUUCCCAUCAUCAAAACCAGAAUUAUUGCUACCAGGUAUGUCUUACACCGGAAUCUGCCAAAACUGAUCUCAUGUUCCUAAAGCCCUGUAGUCCAUCUAGGAGCACAGACACAGACCAUAAUCCCUGUGGAGCCAUAGUGACAGGUUAUACUGACCAGCAGCCUGACAUCUUAUCUAACGGCAGCAUUUUAUCGAACGAGACAAAGCACCAGAGAACUGAACUCAGUUACCUUGUUGAUAGACCGCGGCGUGUUAACAGUUCUGCUUUCCAGGAAGCAGAUAUAGUGAGUUCUAAGGACAGUGGUCACGGUGAUAGUGAGCAAGGAGACAGCGACCAUGACGCCACCAAUCGUGGCCAUGCCUCUGGUGCUGAUCUUUUUUCAAAUUGCACAGAAGAGUGCAAAGCCCUAGGGCACUCAGAUCGAUGCUGGAUGCCCUCCUUUGUGCCAUCCGAUGGCCGCCAGGCUGCAGAUUAUCGUAGCAAUCUGCAUGUUCCAGGAAUGGACUCUGUGCCAGACACUGAGGUAUUUGAAACUCAAGAGCAAACUGGGGAGAGAUCUUUCUCCACCUUUGGCAAAGAGAAGUCACAUCACGGCACGCUAGAGAGGAAAGAGUUUGAUGCACUUCUGUCUAGCACACGUGCGCCUUACAAACCACCUUAUUUGUCGCGGAAAAGGAUUUGCUAGUCCCUUUCGCGUGGACAUACCCGAGACAGCAUGAAUUUGCACAAUAGCCGACCAACACAAGCAUCAAGUUUUCAACUUCAUUAUCUUGGCUGUCCGGUUGUACGUAACCUUUGGAUUAUUUUUCCCUGGGGGACAGAAAAAAGUGAUGGCCAAGAGUAGGACCUUAUUGCUCUCAGCAGGCCUGAGAAAUGAGUUGAAAUGGAACUAUAAAAAAACUUAGGGGUGAAGAUCCUCACCUCUUUAUCUGUGUGUGCCUGUUUACAGCACUAUGUAUAUCUUAAAUUGUCACUGAGCCCUUUAGAUGUUUAUACUCACACCAAGAAGCCAAUUGUACAGAAAAUAUUUGUGCAUUAUAAAUGCAAUAUCACUGUUUUAGACUUGACUGUUUUAUAUUAUUUUUGUGUGGUCAGGUGUUCCCGAAUUUACUCCAACUUUAUAAGAAAGAUUGUGAUCAUGUUUUUUUCACUAGUGGGUCAGGACAGCUGUGGCCUACAACUUAAUCAGAGACAUUCUGUAGUUUAUAUCAUGUGUGCGAAGUGUUUACUGUACUAUUUCAAAGCUUCUAAAUAAAUAUAAAUCUCUCUAUAUAUAAAUAUAUACUUUUCUGAAAGUGUGGUAUCCAUUGGUCAGUUUCUUAUCCAAUUUAGAGUUUCAUUAACUGACAUUCAGUGCUAUAGGCAUAUGCAGGUACAGGAAGGUCAUGCUGGAAGGCCUUAUUUUCACUCCCACCAAACUUUGUUUUUCACUUUUGGAAUAUGGAAAUUUAUGUCUAUAAAUAAAGGAGAGUAAUAAUUUAGAUUUUAAAUCAUGGUAAUUCUGUGUUACUGUAACCAAAAAUAAAUGGGCAAUUAGAAAAAGCUAAAUAUCAAAGGUAUACAUACAUUCAAACACACACACAUAAAUGCCAAGAGGUGAUUAAUAAACAGAUAAAUGCAGAA